AUGGGUUAUCCGGAAGAGCUUGAGAAAAUCAAGGAGUUGCUUGAGGAGGCAAGUGCUACAUGUAACUUCAAGUACAUGCUCAUUACACAAGGAAUCUCACCGACAACAGAUGUGGCAUUUACUUAUUCAAAGCAUUUUACUCAUGAAGAAGUAAACGACUAUAGAGUUGUUUUUGGGAGAUCAUUCACGAGCAUUCGACCAGUAUUGAAUCGUACAUACACGUUGAAGUUGAGUCGCUCAUCCGACAAUUGGGAUGCUAUCACGAGACAACUUCAUGAUUUAUUCAAUUCUUUAAAUCAAGGUGUAUGCAAAGAAAUUGCUAAAUUGUGGAUUCGAAUAUUGGCUCCUAAUAAACAAAAACAUUUCCCCUAUUCAAAAAAGGAUGUUGUUCCCAAUUGGUGGCCACGAGACGUUGUCCAUACAGAACCAGACCAUUUGAGGAAAGAAGAUCGAAUCAAAGUUCUAAUUAAUGUGGUGACCAAUAAAAAUUUCAAAUUCCGUGACGUUGAUACUAAGUCUAUUAAAACCAAAGUAGAGCAUACUGAGGCUAUUAUUCAUGAAAUCAUCUAUAUUGCCUAUCUUGCUGGAUUAUUUUAUUUUGGUCAUGAUCGAGACAAUGAAACUUAUGAUAUUUUAUCUUCUAAUGAUAGAAAGUUGUUAGAACAAGACGAAAUUGAGUUCGAGGUAAGUGAUUUUCGGUACUUUGGUAAUGAAGGUAUUUCACAAAGUAAAAUAAAGGAUGAAUAUCUUAAUGAAAACUUAUUCAGAUUGAAAGGUGGUAACACUGAACCGACAAAACAAUCCACCAAACAGUCUAAUAAAGUAAAGAAGCCUCGAAAGUUAUCUAAAAAGUCUAGUACUAAAGCCCUUGCUAAAGUGAAAUUGGAUUUGUUAGAUCCUCAGGAGAAUUUUGAUUUGCGUAUUACGCCAGAGGCACAGCCUCGGUCACAGCUGCCAUUACAGUUGCCCCAGUCAACACCAAAAGAUCCUGCUCCUGAAUUUGAGUUUCCGUUCCAAGACACUGCAUCUAAAAGUGAUUUGAUGAUGCACACUCAAGGUGAUGAAAUGUCCUUGGAUCCAACAUUUGAUCCAAAUACUGGAUAUCAUAUUGUUCCAAACACUGCUCCUGACUACAUGCAAAAUUAUUUCAAUAUGAAUAAUGAUAACUAUGUUGAUCCAGCGGCCGCAUACAUCCCAGAUCCAUCUGAAACUUCUCAAUAUAUUAGUCAAGGUGUGAAAAAGAAAUGGGAAGAUAAGCUUGAUAGCUUAUUUGAGGAAGAUUUUGGAUAA